UUCUAUAGUUCUAGUAUUAACUAUUAUUCGGCUGACUUAAAUACAAGUUGUUAGAAAUUACCGUUUCUUAAGAACGAACAAAAUUCUGUGAAUACAGUGAAGAAUUUAUAGUUGUGAUACAUUUGUGUUUAUAAAAAUUAAGGGAGAAACAAAAACUAUUACUUAAGAUGGAUGUCGAUACGGAUGGGAGGAGAUCACGGUCUCGCAGUAAAUCUGUGGAGUCCGAGUCCAAGAUGUCUCGCGAUGGUUCAGUUCGCUCCAAGUCAGCGUCUCGUUCUCGUUCUCGCUCCAAGUCGUCUUCCCGCUCUCGCUCCAGAUCUCACUCGUCCAGGUCAAGGUCGGGCUCCAGAUCUCCCAGCGGCUCGCGGAAGUCCCGGUCUCGCAGUAGUUCCCCAAAAUCUCCCCGCUCCAGAAGCGGAUCGGCUAAUUCUAAUCGAUCUCUGAGCGGAUCGAAUAAAUCCAGAUCUAGGAGUGGGUCUCCUAGGAAAUCCAAAUCGAGGAGUCCUUCGGUCGCGUCCAAGGCUGAAUCUAGAUCGAGGAGUGGAUCGGCACACUCGCGCUCCCGGUCUAGGAGCGGCUCUCCCGCUAAGUCUCGUUCUCGUACCGGUUCCCCUGCAAAGUCUCGGUCGCGCAGUGUGUCGCGUGCCAAGUCGCGAUCCCGGAGUCGGUCUGGGAGCGGAUCUCCGAGAAAAUCGAGAUCCAGGAGCGGGACACCCAGGAAUUCUAAAUCCAAAAGUAGAUCGAGGUCAAGGAGUUUAUCGAAACGUUCUCGAUCGAACAGCGCGUCUCCAGAAAAAGCCAGAUCGAGAAGCGGUUCCGUCAAAUCAGACACAGCUCGAAAAUCAAGAUCUAAGAGUCCUUCACCGAGUACAGAGUCCAAGAAGAAAUCGAGAUCUCGCAGCCUUUCACCUCAGAAGGCAUCCAGUAAGUCCCCAGACAGUAAACAAAGGAAUGAAUCUAAACAAAUGGAAACCGAGGAAAAGGAGCUUGACAGGCCGGGGUCGGCCGCUGAUGUGAGAGCCAGUCGGUCUCGCUCCAGGUCAGUCGGUCGUAAGUCUGGGUCUCGUUCUCGUUCCCGGUCCGGUUCCCGGUCUCGCUCUCACUCCAGAUCAAAGUCUCGAUCACGCUCACGAUCCGGCUCAGCGAAGUCAAGGUCCCGUUCUCGUUCUGGGUCCCGCUCGGGGUCCGGCUCACCGUCUCGUAAAGAACACAAAAAACGACGCACGGUCCGUCUGGCCUCAGACGACGAGAACGAGGGCGUGGCCGAGGGGAGGGAGGAAGAAGAGAUCGGAGAGGGAGUCGUUGAGGAGGAGGAGGGGGAGGACGAGGAGGGAGGGGGAGGUGGCAGAGAACAACACGGACUGUCCGACUUCGAGGCUAUGAUGCAGAGGAAGAGAGAGGAGCGGCGAGGAAGACGCAGGAGGAGAGACAUCGAGAUGAUCAACGACAACGACGACCUCAUAGCGGCGCUCCUCGCGGACAUGCGGCGGGCGGCGGACGAGGACCGCGAGCUGAACCGAAGGAAUCAGCCCGCCGUGAGGAAGGUGUCCAUGCUGAAGAGAGCCGUGUCGCAGCUCAUCAAGAGAGACCUGCAGCUGGCUUUCCUGGAGGCCAACGUGCUCAACGUGCUGUGCGACUGGCUGGCGCCGAUGCCCAAUAGAGCGCUGCCCUGUCUGCUCAUCAGGGAGAGCGUGCUGAAGCUGCUCAUGGAUUUCCCAGCCAUCGACAAGUCUCUUCUCAAGCAGUCGGGGAUCGGCAAAGCGGUGAUGUACCUCUACAAGCAUCCCAAGGAAACGAAAGCUAACAAAGAGCGUGCCGGCCGCCUCAUAUCCGAGUGGGCCCGACCGAUAUUCAACUUGUCCACAGACUUCAGAGCUAUGACACGAGAGGAGCGACAGGCGCGAGACGAGGCCAUGUCGGGGAAUAGGAGGAGGGAGGAAGCCCCGCCCAGCAAGAGAACCCGCACAGAGGAACCGGAGAGAGCGGUCCGUCCCGGUGAGCCGGGCUGGGUGUCCCGGGCGAGGGUUCCCGCGCCCUCCAACAAGGACUACGUGGUGAGGCCCAAGUCUACCUGCGACCUGGACAUGUCCCGGGUCAGCAAGAAGAAGAUGACGCGCUACGAGAAGCAGAUGAAGAAGUUCCUCGACCAGAAGAGAAUGAAGGGAGGGACCAAGAGAGCCGUCGAGAUCUCCAUAGAGGGGAGGAAGAUGGCGCUGUAGGAGAGACAGAGACGACUGCCGUGACACACGACACGAAGGAAUACCUCAUACAGCCUUUCAGGUCGUGUAGAUAAAGUGACGCUCGAAAUGACAGAACUAAGACGGAACAGUUGAAGUGCUUGUGUUGAAUAAAUAAUUAAGUUUUUUCAAAUAAAUUGCUUUACAUCAGACCCGACCCGACGCGAUAUCAGUGGGGUGGAUAAAGUCGGUUCGGAGAUUUAGCGACACAAACCGACAGAUGUUAAUUAUAACUCGUCCGGGGCUUGAUGACGUUGUGAUGUUAUUUAAGUUAUUAUUAAGAAUAAAUGACUGACUGUA